CUGAGUCACCAUCUACGAGCGCGCACGGGACGCUCCGCACCCGCCGGUCCAGGGCUGGAGAGUCCCAGGCUACGCGUCCCCUUGUCCGCCCGGGGACCUCCAAAAGGUGGGAAUGAGGCCAGCCCACCGGGUCCUCUGGAUGAGAAGAAACCACCGAGGCUAACUGGCUCCGCGCUGCUCCGGGACCCGGCUCUUCUCGACCGGACAAAGCGAUGAGCAGAGAAGGGUGUGGGGGGCGGGUGGGCGCCGAUGUGAGAGCGUGAGCCCCCUGGAGCCGGGCCGGGACCUCUUCAGCCUCCUUCAGGGGUUAUUUUUUUCUAAAUCUUGCCCUACUUGGUCAGGUCACCUACUCGGCCUUGGCAACUUCUUUCUUUCAGUCUACGCAAAUAACCUUCCAGGGAUUUAACUCCAGUUGGUCGCGGAUACGUUCAGGUCACUUACCUUGAAAUGCAGCGCGCUUGCGCGCGCACGCACACAUACACAUACACACUCAGACACACGCGUCCCUGUUCGCCUCCGCUUUUCCCGCGGAACCAGCGGGAGGGGCUGGGGCGACGGGACCACGCCCUCCAUGCUGCUCUCUCCAAUAUCGGCCGGGACCCCUAGGCCCGUCCACUCUGCCAGACUCCUCUCCAGCGGGCGGAAAGCGCAGAUCUGAUCGCCCGCUGCAAGCAGCUUCUCUGGUCCAGAUCUGGACGCCGCAGGGAAUGACGCGGGUGUCCCCCGAGCCCCAGCUCUGGGCGGGGAGGGCGAGCCCCACAACCAGCCCCGCGAUGCCCUCCUGCGCCGAACCGAUAAGGAGCUGAGGACAGAAUCCGCUGUCACGGAGGGCAGCUCCCUGACAGCGCCGGGGACCCCCUGGCCGCGGGAGCUGCAGGGCAAGGCCAUGGAUCCAGCGGGCGGCAGCGCCCAGGGCUCGCUCCCGCGCCCCUGCCGCGUACUGGUGUUGCUGAACCCGCGCGGCGGCAAGGGCAAGGCGCUGCAGCAGUUCCAGAGGCUUGUGCAGCCCCUUCUGGCCGAAGCCGAAGUCUCCUUCAAGCUGAUGGUCACUGAGCGACAGAACCACGCGCGGGAGCUGGUGAGGGCGGAGGAGCUGGGCCGCUGGGACGCGCUGGUGAUCAUGUCUGGGGACGGGCUGAUACAUGAGGUGGUGAAUGGACUUAUGGACAGGCCAGACUGGGAGACUGCCAUCCAGAAGCCCCUGUGCAGCCUCCCAGGAGGCUCUGGGAACGCGCUGGCAGCUUCCCUGAAUCACUAUGCUGGCUAUGAGCAGGUGACUAAUGAAGAUCUCCUGACCAACUGCACACUGCUGCUAUGCCGCCGACUCCUAGAGCCCAUGAACCUUCUGUCCCUGCAUGCGGCCCCGGGGAUUCGCCUCUUCUCUGUGCUCAGCCUGGCCUGGGGCAUGGUGGCUGAUGUGGACGUGGAGAGUGAGAAGUAUCGGUGCCUGGGGGAGAAGCGCUUCACUGUGGGCACCUUCUUUCGCUUGGUGAACCUGCGCACCUACCGGGGCCAACUGGCCUACCUCCCCAUAGGAAGUGCUGUCUCCAGUAAGACGCCCGCUUCCCCUGUGCUGCCGCAGGGCGGCCCUGUGGACUCACACCUUGCUCCCCUGGAGGAACCAGUGCCCUCUCACUGGACUGUGGUGCCCGAGCAGGAGUUUGUGCUGGUGCUGGCACUGCUGCACACUCACAUGAGCAGCAAGAUGUUCACCGCGCCCAUGGGCCGAUGUGCGGCUGGUGUUAUGCAUCUGUUCUACGUGCGCGCAGGGGUAUCGAGGACCAUGCUGUUGCGCCUCUUCCUAGCCAUGGAGAACGGGAGGCACAUGGAGUGUGACUGCCCGUACUUGGUAUACGUGCCUGUGGUUGCCUUUCGCCUGGAGUGCAAGGAUGGGAGGGGUGUGUUUUCUGUGGACGGGGAGUUAUUGAUCACUGAGGCUGUGCAGGGCCAGGUGCAACCUGACUACCUCUGGAUGGUCAGUGGUGGCAGGGAGUCUCCACCCCCCCAGGAGCCCCAGCAGAAGCCACCCCCAUAAAAGCCCUUAUAGACCCUAUGGGCCCUGCAGUGCCUUUGUCUGCUGGCGUAGGCUGAGAUCAGGGCUCUUCCCACCCUGGAUGGAAGGGCCUGUCCAAGCUCACCUGGCGGUGAUGGGGACUCUUCUGAAGAAGGUGAAAAGGUGGGGGAGACUCUGCUUUGGGAGGACCAGAGGCCAGAAUGGAGCCCCGGGCAAGAGCCCCACUGACUGGGCUAGCUGCUUGUGGAAGGCAGUCGCGUUUGUUCCAUGAAUCAAAUUCGAAUAAAGUGAUGAUCCUA